AUGUGGGCCAUCUGGAAAGGAAAAUCUACUCAGCCUUUAGAAAGAAAGCCAGGAUUAUGAUCACUUUAUUUUGCAGUUGACUUUCAAGAGAGAUAUUCGUAUCAGGAGGAGGUCUGAAGGAAAGGCGAGUUGCAGGUGAUAAGAGAUGAGUGUGUUGAUGUCCUGGUGGCUGCUGCUCCUUCUGGUCAACUUUGGCUCAUCUGCACCCAGGUUUUCGGAAAAUGAUAUUUGUUUCCUAGACAACAGUAAAUUGAGGCAAAGGUUAAAACAUCUUCAAGAUCUGCUUUACUUAUAUGAACUGCAGCUGAAGGACAUCCUGGAGAACAGUUAUCAUAGGACAAAAAGUGGGCUCUUCUCAGGCAAUGGGAGCAUACAGCUUGAGACUCCUUUACCCACAACCAGUGGAAAUUUGAUAGUCUAUGACCAAGAUUGUUCUGCAGUGUAUAACAGGAAGAAGACCAGAAGUGGCUACUAUCGAGUCAGGCCCAGGGCAGACCAAGAGCCUUUCCUGGUGUACUGUGACAUGUCUGAUGGUGGUGGGUGGACUGUAAUUCAGCGGCGGAGUAACGGCAGAGAGAAUUUCAACAGGAAGUGGAAUGAUUACAAACUGGGAUUUGGGAAGUUCCAGGGCAAGAAUGAUGAAUACUGGCUGGGCAACGACCACAUCUAUGACCUGCUUGCUAGAGGAGAGAGCUCAUUAAAGAUUGACCUGAUGGACUGGCAUGGGGAACGACGUUACGCAGUGUAUGAAAACUUCCAGCUCACCAGUGAACAGGACAACUACAGGUUGUGGUUUGGCACCUACUCUGGUAAUGCUGGUGACGCUCUGUCUGGUGGAAGCAGUUUUGAAGAUCAGUGGUCAGCCUCUCACAGAGGAAUGCAGUUCACCACAUCUGACGAGGAUCACGAUCGAUUCCUGGCAGGCAACUGUGCAUUGGAAAGCAGUGGUGGUUGGUGGUUUAACAGGUGCCACGCUGUAAAUCUCAAUGGACAUUUCUACACAACAGGGAGGUACAGCGGAUCCCAUGACGACGGCAUUGUUUGGGCUACGUGGCACGGGAUGUGGUACUCGCUCAAAUUCUCGGCCAUGAAAAUCAGGUCUCCGUUCUUUGUUGACGGCGAGAGCGGAGAUGGUGAGGAUGGUCAGGGCAGCUGAAAU